AUGGGCCUUCACAUCGGCAAGGUGGUCGAAUUCUACGAGCUGCAGCACAAGGCCGAGGCAAUCAAGAUCUCCUCGGCUCCGGGCGAGGAGAUCAUUGCGGAAGGACACGGCCUAGCUCGUUUCGGUGAGCACACCUUCAACCAGAUGAAAAAACUCAUCAACGAACUCUUUCUGAAAUCCAUCAGCCAUCCAUUGUGGUCGGAGACGAUCAGGAGCAACCUACGGGAGAUCAAAAAGCACCGCGAGGCCCUGGCGCCGUACAUCACGAAGAUGACUGAGAGCACCUCGAAGAAGGAGCGCCAACCACUCUCGAACCCGUCACCGAUCAAACGAUGCCCGGAGACGCAGAAGCUCACGGGCCUGAUGAUUGGUCCACUCCUGGAGACUGAGACGAUGUACCGGGCUGGUAAGGCCAUCGAGGAUGAGCUACCGCGUGCUAAACACGUGAUGGAAUUCUGGAUUAAAGAGGUGUCGCCGAAACAGUCUUUACUUGGGUAUUCUAAGAAGGUUAAAAUCUGA